GUGGGCACCGGUGGGGCUGGGACCGAUCGGGUCAGGGCCAUGCCACUGCCACCCCCUGUGCCCUGCGCCGCCGCAGCGGCCGUGCCAGCGUCACCACAGCCCUGUGGGGACAGGGAGGGGACACUCAGCAAGGCACUGCGGGACCGGGGUGCCGGGGGUGCUGAGGGCGCCCUGGGUGCCGCUCCUACCGUGGGCACCGAGGGACCUGUGGGUGCUGCACCCACCCCGGGUGCCAUGGGCGUGGAGGGUGCUGAGCCGCACCCCGUGCCAAGGCAGGCGGGGACACGCAGGGCCCUGCACCUGCCCCACGUCACUGUCGGGAACCGAAACACCGGGGGCAGCCAAGAAAGGACAAGGGCACCCAAGCCCAGCCCCAGCCCUGCCACCUCGAUCCCUGCCCCGGGGGCAGAGUCCAGUGCCCAAGGCGCCUCCGUGACGCGGGCACGGGGCCAGGCUGGGCAGGCGGCGGUGCCGGUGGCAAGGAAGUGGUGACAGCGGCAGGGGAGCAGCGAUGGACGCCCCGCUCUCCCUCCCGGCCCUGAUCCGCAGGAAGCGGGACGGCGAGCGGCUGCGGGAUGAGGAGAUCCAGAGCUUCGUGCGCGGCGUGGCCGAGGGCUCUGUGCAGGAGGGCCAGAUCGGGGCCAUGCUGAUGGCCGUCCGGCUGCGGGGCAUGGACGUGCAGGAGACGCUGGCGCUGACGCGCGCCAUGGCGGCCUCGGGGCGGCUGCUGGCCUGGCCGCAGGGCUGGCGGGGGCGGCUGGUGGACAAACACUCGACCGGCGGCGUCGGGGACAAGGUCAGCCUGGCCCUGGCCCCUGCCCUGGCCGCGUGCGGCUGCAAGGUGCCCAUGAUCAGCGGCCGCGGGCUGGGGCACACCGGGGGCACGCUGGACAAGCUGGAGGCCAUCCCCGGCUUCUGCGUCUCCCAGAGCCCUGAGCAGAUGCAGAGCAUCCUGGAGCAGGUGGGCUGCUGCAUCGUGGGGCAGAGCGAGGAGCUGGUGCCGGCUGACCGGGUGCUGUACAGCCUGCGGGACGUCACCGCCACCGUCGACAGCCUCCCCCUCAUCACAGCCUCCAUCCUGAGCAAGAAGGCGGCAGAGCAGAUCUCAGCGCUGGUGCUGGACGUCAAGUUCGGGAGCGCGGCGCUGUACCCGACCCUGGAGAGCGCGCGGGAGCUGGCCCAGAGCCUGGUGGCGGUGGGCAAGGAGCUGGGCAUCCGCACGGCGGCCGUGCUGAGCAGCAUGGACCAGCCCCUGGGGCGCUGCGUGGGCAACUCGCUGGAGGUGCUGGAGGCGCUGCAGUGCCUGGAGGGAAACGGCCCCGCUGACCUGCGGGAGCUGGUGACGGUGCUGGGCGGGCUGCUGCUGUGGCAGUGCGGGAUGGCCCCGACGGCGGAGCAGGGCCAGGAGCGGCUGGCGCGGGCGCUGGACGACGGCUCGGCCCUGCGCACCUUCGAGGCCAUGCUGGGGGCGCAGGGGGUGCCCCCCGACACCGCCCGCCUGCUCUGCACGGGGACCCCCCAGCAGCGCCACCAGGUCCUGGGGCAGGCGGGCACCCGCGAGGAGCUGCUGGCGCCCUGCGAAGGUGAGGGGGGGGCGGGGGUCCCUGCCACCACCCUGCGUCCCCACCCGCAGCCCCCAGCACCCCCAGCACCACCCCUGUGGGCACCACGGGGGGCUCAGCUCCCUGCCGAGCCCCAGAUCCCCACGUCCUGGUGCCCCCCCAGUGCUCAGCACCCCCAUGUCCCG